GGAAACAAACGAAGACCCAACAGUAGUCUUUCUUCUUUCCUAAAUUCCUGUUCUUCAUUUUGUUACAGGUGAUGCAGAGAAGUUUACACAUGGAUCCAAAGAGUGGCUUCAACUCACUAACAAAGACCUUCCGCAGCCUCAGACCUCCCGUUCAUCUUCCUCAAGAGCACACUUUCAUUUCUGCUCCCGAAUUCGUUUUCUCUCUCAGAACCAAAUUGCUAUGGCCUGAUGAUUCCGUAGCUUUAAUCGACCCUGUCACUGGUCAACAAAUUUCCUACUCUGAAUUCGCUCGCAGAACUAAGUCCUUGGCGGCCUAUCUGCAGAAAGUAAUUAAACUCUCCAAGAAUGACACAGCAUUUAUACUCUCUCCAAACUCUCACCAACUACCCAUCCUUUACUUCUCUCUUCUUUCUCUCGGUGUUAUCAUCUCUCCGGCAAACCCACUAGCCACAGAGUCGGAGAUCUACCGCCAAGUUCAGUUAUCUAAGCCGGUGAUAGCAUUCGCGGCCUCAUCAACAGUUCACAAGCUCCCAAAACUUAAACACCGGACCGUCCUUAUCGACUCGCCUGAGUUCGAGUCGAUAAUGAUGAAUUCAAGACAUGAAUUUGAUGACGUUGAAGUCAGGCAAUCAUAUCUGGCAGCAAUUAUGUACUCUUCCGGAACCACCGGAAGAGUGAAAGGUGUAAUGUUAACUCAUAGAAAUUUUAUAGCACAAGUUUCGGGCUUCUGUGCAACUGGACAGAAGAGAAAAUCUCCGACAGUUGUGUUAUUUACGAUGCCAUAUUUUCACAUUGUCGGGUUCUUUAAUGUUCUCAAAUCGGUGGCGUUGAGCGAGACAGUGGUGGUGUUGGAGAGGUUUGAUUUGAAGAAAAUGUUAAAGGCUAUAGAAGAGUUUAGGGUUACACAUAUUGUUUUAGCCCCACCGGUGGUGGUGGCCUUGUCUAAGGGUGGUUUAACGGACGGCUAUGAUUUGAGUUCACUUAAGAGUGUUGUGUGUGGCGCAGCUCCUCUUGCAAACGAUACGAUCACCGCAUUUACGGCGAGGUUCCCCACAGUUUUGUUGUUGCAGGCUUACGGCUUGACUGAAUCGACGGGGGGAAUUUUUCGGACUGAAGGUCCCGAAGAAUCAAUUCAUUGGGGCUCUGCAGGGAGGCUUUCAGCGGGAUAUGAAGCAAAAAUUGUGGAUCCUGAGACGAGAGAAGCCUUGCCUCCAUACCAAAAUGGAGAACUAUGGAUUAGAGGACCAUCAAUAAUGAAAGGUUAUGUUGGAGACGAGGAUGCGACUUCUUCUACUUUGUUACCAGAUGGAUGGAUGAGGACGGGUGAUCUGUGUUAUAUCGAUGAUGAUGGCUUCCUUUUUGUUGUGGAUAGACUCAAGGAAUUGAUCAAAUAUAAGGGAUAUCAGGUUGCCCCAGCAGAACUAGAACAAUUGCUUAUUUCUCACCCCGAGAUAAUUGAUGCUGCAGUAAUACCAUAUCCAGAUAAAGAAGCUGGUCAGGUGCCUAUGGCUUUUGUGGUAAGACAACCUCAAAGCACCCUCAAGGAAGAAGAAAUCAUGCACUUCGUGGCAAAACAGGUAGCUCCUCACAAGAAGAUAAGGCGUCUAGCAUUUAUCGAUUCCAUACCUAAGAGUGCAGCCGGAAAGAUAUUAAGAAAGGAGUUGAUUACAAAGGUAGCUCCUUCUCCAGGGACUCCAUCAAGGCUUUAAUC